GGUCUGUACUGGAAUACUGCUCUGUGACAACUGGAGGAUUUUGCGCGCACGCCGUGUUGGUUUUCCAUACGAGGAGAGAGAGAGCGGAAAAUAUACUUUUGCCAUGACAGUGGAUUUGUUGACGAUUUUGUGUGUAAUCACUACGGUGGCUGCAGUAGAAGAAACCGUGAUGGACACUCGUACGGCCACAGCGGAACUGGGCUGGACAGCAUACCCAGGAUCAGGGUGGGAGGAGGUGAGCGGUUACGACGAGAACCUCAACACCAUCCGCACGUACCAGGUGUGCAACGUCUUCGAGCCCAGCCAGAACAACUGGCUCCUGACCACGUUCAUCGACCGCCGGGGCGCCCAGCGCAUCUACGUGGAGAUGCGCUUCACCGUGCGCGACUGCAGCAGCAUCCCGAACGUCCCCGGCUCCUGCAAGGAGACGUUCAACCUCUACUACUACGAGACGGACUCGGUCAUCGCCACCAAGGGCUCGUCCUUCUGGAUGGAGGCGCCCUACCUGAAGGUGGACACCAUCGCGGCCGACGAGAGCUUCUCGCAGGUGGACUUCGGCGGGCGCCUGAUGAAGGUCAACACGGAGGUGCGCAGCUUCGGGCCGCUGUCGCAGAACGGGUUCUACCUGGCGUUCCAGGACUACGGCGCGUGCAUGUCGCUGCUGUCGGUGCGCGUCUUCUACAAGAAGUGCCCGAGCGUGGUGCAGAACUUCGCCGUCUUCCCCGAGACCAUGACGGGCGCCGAGAGCACCUCGCUGGUCAUCGCCCGCGGCGUCUGCAUCCCCAACUCCGAGGAGGUGGACGUGCCCAUCAAGCUCUACUGCAACGGCGACGGCGAGUGGAUGGUGCCCAUCGGGCGAUGCACCUGCAAGGCCGGCUUCGAGCCCGACAACGGCAACGUCUGCCGAGCCUGCCCCCCAGGGACGUUUAAGUCGAGUCAGGGGGAGGGCCUGUGCCUCCAGUGCCCCCCCAACAGCAGGUCCACCUCGGAGGCGGCCACCAUCUGUGUGUGCAGGAACGGCUACUACCGCGGAGACACCGACCUGCCCGACAUGCCCUGCACCAGUGUCCCCUCCGCGCCGCGCAACGUCAUCUCCAUCGUCAACGAGACGUCGGUGAUCCUGGAGUGGCACUCGCCGCGCGAGACGGGCGGCCGCGACGACGUGGUCUACAACAUCGUGUGCAAGAAGUGCCGCGCCGACGGCCAGUCGCACUGCUCGCACUGCGACGACAACGUGGACUUCGCGCCGCGGCAGGUGGGCCUGACGGAGACGCGCACGCUCAUCAGCAACCUGCUGGCGCACACCGUCUACACCUUCCAGGUGCAGGCCGUCAACGGCGUCAGCAACAAGAGCCCCUACCCGGCGCAGCACGUGGCCAUCGACAUCACCACCAACCAGGCCGCUCCCUCCAUCGUACCCAUCAUGCACCAGGUCAGCUCCACCAUGAAGAGCUUCACGUUGUCAUGGCCACAGCCCGAGCAGCCCAACGGCAUCAUCCUGGACUACGAGCUGCGCUACUACGAGAAGGAUCUGACGGAGGUGAACUCCACCAUAGUGAAGAGCCAGACCAACACGGCGCGGGUGGAGGCCCUGAGGUCUGGCACGGUCUACGUGGUGCAGGUGCGGGCCAGGACAGUGGCGGGCUUCGGCAAGUACAGCAGCAAGAUGUGCUUCCAGACCCUGACAGAUGAGGACUACAAGUCGGAGCUGCGGGAGCAGCUGCCUCUGAUCGCAGGCUCGGCGGCGGCUGGCGUGGUCUUCAUCGUGUCCCUGGUGGCCAUCUCCAUCGUCUGCAGCAGGAAAAGAGCCUACUCCAAGGAUCCCGUCUACAGUGACAAGCUCCAGCAUUACAGCACUGGAAGAGAACUCUCUUUGAGACCAGAUCUGACUAACUGCCACUCCCCCAUCGGCUGCCCGACCCACUUCUCAGGCUCCCCGGGGAUGAAGAUCUACAUCGACCCCUUCACCUACGAGGACCCCAACGAGGCUGUGCGCGAGUUCGCCAAGGAGAUCGAUGUCUCCACCGUCAAAAUCGAAGAAGUCAUCGGGGCUGGGGAGUUCGGGGAGGUGUAUAAGGGCCGCCUGAAACUGCCGGGGAAGCGGGAGAUCUACGUGGCCAUCAAGACGCUGAAGGCGGGCUAUUCGGAGAAGCAGAGGCGGGACUUCCUGUCGGAGGCCAGCAUCAUGGGCCAGUUCGACCACCCCAACAUCAUCCGCCUGGAGGGCGUGGUCACCAAGAGCCGGCCCGUCAUGAUCGUCACGGAGUUCAUGGAGAACGGCGCGCUGGACUCCUUCCUCAGGCAAAACGACGGGCAAUUCACCGUCAUCCAGCUGGUGGGCAUGUUGCGCGGCAUCGCCGCCGGCAUGAAGUACCUGUCGGAGAUGAACUACGUCCACCGCGACCUGGCCGCCCGCAACAUCCUGGUCAACAGCAACCUGGUGUGCAAGGUGUCCGACUUUGGCCUGUCACGCUACCUGCAGGACGACACCUCUGACCCCACCUACACCAGCUCCCUGGGUGGUAAGAUUCCGGUGAGGUGGACAUCGCCCGAGGCCAUCGCCUACAGGAAGUUCACGUCCGCCAGCGACGUGUGGAGCUAUGGCAUCGUCAUGUGGGAGGUGAUGUCCUUCGGCGAGCGGCCCUACUGGGACAUGUCCAACCAAGACGUGAUCAACGCCAUCGAGCAGGACUACCGGCUGCCGCCGCCCAUGGACUGCCCCGCCGCCCUGCAUCAGCUCAUGCUGGACUGCUGGCAGAAGGACCGCAACGCCCGGCCGCGCUUCAACGACAUCGUCAACACGCUGGACAAGCUCAUCCGCAACCCCACCAGCUUGAAGGCAAUGGCCAGCAUGCCCCCUGUGCCCUCACAGCCCCUGCUGGACCGCUCGGUGCCGGACUUCAACACCUUCAGCUCGGUGGAGGAGUGGCUGGUGGCCAUCAAGAUGAGCCAGUACCGAGACAACUUCCUCAACUCCGGCUUCACCUCACUCCAGCUGGUGGCACAGAUGACCUCGGAGGACCUGCUGAGGAUAGGCGUGACGCUGGCCGGCCACCAGAAGAAGAUCCUCAGCACCAUCCAGUCCAUGACGCUGCAGGGCACCCCGUCGCCCACGGCCCUGGCAUGACUACAGCGGACACCCGGCGACGCCAACGGGACAGGGUCGGGGUCGAGGACGGGGACGCUGGGCGCAGGGACCGGGAGCGUCCGCCGGACUCGCCCGCGCGCGACCCCUGACCUUUCACCUGAGCACGCCAGGGUGGAGACCAUCAUCUUAAUCUGAGGAGCCGAACCGCCACACAUCCGGAAGAGAGAGAGAGAGAAAGGAGAGGAGAGGAGAGGAGGAGAGAGAGAAAGAGAGAGGAGAGGAGAGGAGCCCUUUCAUCUCAAUGGGGCAAUGGCCCGCUGGAAUCACACACUCUAAACACAAGGGGCGGCUGGGCUUUCAGCUAGCCAGUGGGCCAACCAGCCUCGCAUCUGUCCCCAGACCCAGCCAGGGCCAGACUCAAAAACACAAACACCAGAAGCAUCAAACACCACAGGGUUGUCCACAGCGAGGAGGGAUGUGUGCAGGCUGACCAUCGACAGGAGAAGAGAGGAGUAGAGUGGAGCGAAGGGGAGCUAAGAGGAGAAGAGAGGAACUGCUAAUUUGUUGUGCUCCCCUUCAGGCUUCGUUUGCUCCUGCUACGUUUCAUGGGCUGUUUUUUGGGCAGCAUCAAGGAAAUAUGAUGCAACAAGGAAAGCUUCAUGUUUGUCCAUUUGUACAAAGAAAAGACAGAUACCUCUUCAGUCUUUCCCUUUCACUCUUACACUACCUGUCUAGUCGGAGGACUGUGGGCUUUGCCAAAGGACUCUUCAAAAGUCCACAUCCAGAUUUUAGUCCAUUUUAGGGGGUGGGUGGGAUAUAUAUAAAUAUGUGUGUAUAUCUCUGAGUAAAUAUGAAUAUAUCUUCAGAAAUAAAUCUUCAUAUUGAA